AUGAGGAUUGGUGGAAAACACUAUUUUAAACAUGUUGUCAUUGCAACUCAUUUUAUACCAAACCCUAACAAUCUACCUUUUGUAGACCACAUAAACCAUAUAAGAAACGACAAUAGACUUGAAAACUUACGUUGGGUCACUUGUUCUGAAAACAGUAAGAACAUAGGCAAAUUUAGAGAUAUUGUAUUCGAAUUUGUCGACGAACUAGAAGAUGAAGCAAUUGAAAUUACAGACUAUGGUAAGCAUACGUUUGAGUUUUACUACUAUAGCGAAGAACAGGACUCUUUCUACCUUUAUACCGGCGUAAACUAUAGAAAAUUACAAGUAUGUUUUACUAAGGCAGGCUGUGCUUAUGUAAACACUAGAGAUACAGAUGGAAAACGCGUUCAAAUACGUCUUAACAAAUUCAAGAAGCUAUAUGGCAUACCAUUUUAA